AUAGUUCAGUUAUAAGGGUUUGUUAUCUCUCUCUCUUCCCCGCCUCCCCCUCCCUCUCUUUGCACUCGGCGCAAGCUCAUCAUUUUCAUUUCAAAGGUGCAAUAAAGAUAUAACUCUUUGAAGUAGUUACAUAAGAGGAUGGGAGCAUCAGAGGUUCUAACUGAUCCAUCAAGCCUAUACGAUGUGGGCAACGGUGAAUAUUCUGACACGUAUACAAUGCUUACCGUGAGAAACGCACUUGCAUCUGUUCAGAAUGGAGAAUCAGACCGUUACGAGGAGCUUGUUCAGUCUAUGCAGAUCAUCAAAGGAGCUGAUCAUGCUGUGUGGGCAGAUCUUGUGACUAUCUUGAACGCUUUAUCAGGCUCUGUAGCUUGCAUAGAUAUCAUUCACCAUCGGAAGCUUCUUUCUUCAGUUUUUGGAAUGUCAUUGUGGGAUCUCAAACCUCAUGUCAUGGAGGCAUUGGUGGGCUUACUCAUAUCACUGGCUGCUACUAGUGGAAAGUAUCUGGACUCUUGUCUGAAUAUGCUCAUAGGCCACUUCAUUCCACCGCGUUGGGUGAUUGAUAGACUUUCGCAGCGCCGUGUAAUCGACCAGAAGACAGACGUUCUUUCCCAGGUUCAUGGAGCCAUUCUGAAGAUCACUCUUUUGGUUCCUCUUGCUCCCUCGAGAUUGUUGCCCAUGCUCGCUCAGCAGAUGCCCAAAAUAAACAAAAAGGACAAUGUGAGUCUUUUCUCUUUGGUUACUUUUUCCUCACGCUGGCAUAAACUUAGUAGAAGCUGUUUUAUCGUCCUCCAGGUGGUAGUGAUUUAUGUGGAGAAUUUAUUCAAGUUGGAGAGCAGCCCAAUCGGGCAAGUUGGUAGCAGCAUGAUUUUUAUGAUGGUGAUGGAGAGGUUGAGAGAUUUGGAUCUGGAGAUUGAUUGGGAUGAUAUUCUACAAGAUGACUCUAGUAGAGGCAUGUUUGAUAUGGAACUUGAAGACGCUAUGAAUGAAGGAGAAGAGAAUACGUCUGGUGGAAAUGUAGUUUUUGAGUCUUUGGACAAGUUGAUGGUCAUAUCUUUUGAUCAUCUUGAAUCAUGUAAUCUUGAUGGUCGUUUGGAUCAGGUGUUUGAAAAGCUCUUCGGGGCAUUUGAGAACUUCAUUCUGAAUACAUACAAAUCAAAAGUUUCGCAGUUUCUGAUGUUCUAUGCUUGUUCACUGGAUCCUGAGAACUGUGGUGUGAAAUUUGCGAGUAAGCUAAUGGACAUUUUUCUCUCCAGCAACAAGCCUCGACCUACUAGGAUGAGUGCGGUUGCUUAUCUAGCUAGCUACUUGGCUCGUGGAAAGUUUUUGCCUGUUUCCUAUGUGGCCACCAUGCUAAAAAGGUUGGUAGAUGAGUGUGCGGAUUAUUGUAGAACUUGCAAUGAUGAUAUUAGGCCUGAAGCACAUCAGAUUUUCUACUCCGGAUGCCAGGCGAUCAUGUAUGUGCUUUGCUUCAGGAUGAGAUCAAUCCUAAACGUUCCUCUCUUUCGCUCCCAGCUUAGACCAUUGGAGUCAAUUUUAAUGCACAGACUAAACCCAUUGAUGGUAUGCCUUCCAUCCGUAGUUGCAGAGUUCCUUAAGCAAGCUAAAGCAGGUGGCAUGUUCGUAGUCUCAGACGCCUUCAUUUUCGAUGACCUACUUGAGUCUGAGCUCUCCCGUGCGUUUGGAGGGCCUGAGAGGCUUGAUACAUUCUUCCCCUUUGACUCUUGCUUGCUGAAAAGCUCUAACAGCUAUAUCUCCCCGAAUUUCAUCUACUGGUCAAUGGUGAGACCGACUUAUGAAGAAGAUGAUGAUGAUGAGGAGGAUGCUGAGAUAAUUGUGAACGGAGAUGAGGAGAGUGAUGAAGAGGAGGAGGAGGGUGAUCUUGAUUACUCCAUGAACAAGAUGUCCAUAACGCCUAAGCACUCUUUCAAGAACAAGAUGGAAAGAGACAGACUUCUGAAAAUGCCUUCCAUGAUCAGACCUUCCAUUAGUCCUCAAUCCUUUUGAGUUUGUGGAGAGGGUCUCAGUAAGCAUUUUUGUAGCAGUAUCUAAAAGUGAUUUGAAUCGACUCGGAACUUUCUAAUAUAUGAAACCAAUGUUUGUUUGUCCUAAAUGCUUUGAUUUGAUU